AUGUACGGGAAUCCGACCGUUGUGGCAAUGCGCCGAAUACAGGGGGAGCUCCGUGACUGGUUGAAAAGUGCUCCAGAGGGAUGUGCAUUGGAAUCGUAUGAUCCCCUCACAAACUGGGUGAUUAUCAUGCAAGGCCCUGAGGGUGGAAUGGGCAUGGCGAGGCUGUACGAGGGGGAAGUGUUCAGGUUGCAGAUCCGGUUUCCAGACCGGUACCCCCUUGAGGCACCUGAGGUUGUUUUCCUUCCAGAGAGCCCCAUUCAUCCCCAUAUAUACACUAAUGGGCACAUAUGCCUGGACAUCCUGUACGAUGGGGUGAAUGGAGGGUGGUCGCCUGCUCUGACGGUCAGCAAGGUUUGCCUGUCUCUGAGGUCAAUGCUGGCGUCGAACACUGACAAGACACGGCCACCUGGAGAUCAGGCAUACUGCCGCCGCGUUGGAGAGAGGUCUCCAAAGUUGACGCGGUGGGCGUUCGAUGACGACAGUGUGUAG